CUUCUUUCAUUUAGCCAGCACAUCUGCACUGUGUUUGUAUACAAGAUAGGGAUAAAAGAAAUGUAAAUGAAACAAUUCCUAUUAGAAAGGAUAUAUAUUAUGUAAAUACAAAAAAUAUAUAGAAUAGUUUGAUGAUAUGGGACAUAGCGUCCUAGCAGUUGAGGGAAUCGGGAAAGGAUCCAGGUGGUGCUGAAGCUACAUCUUGAAGGAAAAGGGGAUUCAGCAGAAGUGAGGAAGGCCAAAGCAGAGAGACAGGCAUCAUUUGUUAGCAACAGGGAAGAGUCCAAUUUCCCCAUUGGCAUUUCGAGAGAGGGGAGAAAACUUCAAUGAGAUGAAAAAAUAAAAUUAAGUCCAUGUUGUGAAGAGCUUAAAAAACUAAAAUAUUUUAUCCUACAGGCAAUAGCCUGUUGAAAUAAUCUAGGCAAGAGGUGAUGAGGGAUUGUUGAGGAGAGAGAAGAGGUUGUAUGUGAUGGUUGAAACGGCAAGAUUUAGCGAUUUAUGUGGUAUUAAGGAAGAGUGAAGAAUAUCAAUCUGGGAAACUGGAAAGAUAAUGAUAUCCCAGAAAAAAAAAAAAAGGAAAUUUCGAGGUUAGUGAGAGUUUGGGGGGUGAAGGAUGGGUAAAUGACUUCUCUUCGAUAUGUUUUGGGUUUGAGACUUUUCCAGAACAUCCAGUUUGAAAUGGCCAGUGGGCAAUUGGUGAUGUAAGACCAAAACUAUGCUGGAGAUAGACACACACGAAUAAGACAUAAUCUUUGCCUUUAAGGAGCUUACAACCUGGUUGUUAAGAAUGCUCAAGUCAGAGGAUUUUAUGAUUUUUAUCUGCCUAGAGAUGAAAUAUGGAUUUACAACAUGGAGACUGGAAGAUGGACGAAGAAAAAUACUGAAGGUGAUGUUCCUCCUUCUAUGUCAGGGAGUUGUGCUGUUUGUGUAGAUAGGGUGCUAUACUUAUUUGGAGGACAUCAUUCGAGAGGCAAUACUAAUAAGUUCUACAUGCUGGAUUCAAGGUCUACAGACAAAGUGUUACAGUGGGUGAGAGUUGAUUGUCAAGGAAUGCCGCCAUCAUCAAAGGACAAACUUGGUGUCUGGGUAUAUAAAAACAAGCUAAUAUUUUUUGGAGGUUAUGGGUAUUUACCUGAAGACAAACAACUGGGAACUUUUGAGUUUGAUGAAACAUCUUUUUGGAACUCAAGUCAUCCCAGAGGAUGGAACGAUCAUGUACAUGUUUUGGACACUGAAACUUUUACCUGGAGGCAGCCUAUAACUAUAGGUAAAUCUCCUUCUCCUAGAGCUGCCCAUGCCUGUGCUACUGUUGGAAACAAAGGCUUUGUAUUUGGAGGCAGAUACCGGGACUCCAGGAUGAAUGAUCUUCAUUAUCUUAAUCUGGACACAUGGGAAUGGAAUGAAUUAAUUCCACAAGGUCUCUGCCCAGUUGGUCGUUCUUGGCAUUCUUUAACACCAGUUUCUCCAGAUCAUCUUUUUCUCUUUGGCGGGUUUACCACUGACAAACAACCACUAAGUGAUGCCUGGACUUAUUGGAUCAAUAAGAAUGAAUGGAUGCAGUUUAAACACAGCUAUGCUGAAAAGCCAAGAUUAUGGCAUACAGCUUGUGCAAGUGAUGAAGGAGAAGUGAUUGUUUUUGGUGGAUGUGCUAACAACUUGCUUGCUCAGCACAAAGCAGCUCACAGUAAUGAAAUACUUGUGUUUUCAGUACAACCAAAAUCGCUUGUAAGAUUAAGCCUAGAAGCUGUCAUUUGCUUUAAAGACUUAUUAGCCAGCUCAUGGAACUGCCUUCCAAAGCACUUACUUCACAGUGUGAAUCAGAGGUUUGGUAGUAACAAUACAUCUGGAUCAUAAGACUCUCUACUGGUCAUGCCUCCAAUAAAUCUUGCAUGGACAAGCAAAAUUCUAAAAGGUGUAAUUAAUUUCAAAAAGUGGCAUCAUUUGUAAGCUGUGUUGUUGUUAGCUUUUUUGGCUUAAAUUUGCAUGUGAAUGGCCUAGAGAACCUAUUUUUGUGUCUGAAGAUAUUUGCAAUAAAUGUACUUAAUGCAAAUGAUUUUCUUCUAUUAGAGCAAAAAGAAAUAAACAUAUUGGACAGAAAGUCCAAGAACGGC